AAUAACUAAGUGUGUCCUAGAAUAAGACAUGGAUUGGACUAUGGGUGAGUUGAUUAGUUAAAAAAAAUAAUUAUCAGUUGCGUCACUCGAGUAUUAAGGGGUCCACUGCCCGUUUGAAUGUUCAUUCUUCGAGUCUGCUGGCAAUGAUGGAACUUCCAUUUUAUGCCCUUAUCCUUUCCUUCAUCAUUCACCUACAAAAGAAAGGUUUCAGGCGACUGAUCAGUUGGGGUCCACUUAUUGCAUUGUCCCUAAUCUCAUUCAUAGUGACAUGUAUGGUGAAAUGCCAUUUGGCGUGGUGGCCACCUGAAUCAUUCUGGCCAUGUGCCAGCAUGGUAGUAAUUAUGAUUGAGUUGAACAUUAUUCUGUAUAAUUUUUUCCAAUCAUCUUUCCUUGGCCCGGGAUUAGUUGAAAUUGGAUGGAAACCAAAACAUCUAGAGGAGAAAAUAUUCCUGCAAUAUUGCAACAUCUGCUUGAGUUACAAGGUACCAAGAUCUCACCAUUGUAGAAAGUGUCAAAGGUGCGUUAUGAAGAUGGACCACCACUGUCCGUGGAUCAACAACUGCGUUGGCCACAAGAACCAUGCCAACUUCUUCUUCUUCCUCUUCAUCACGCCCAUCGCCUGCCUGCACGCCAUCGCGAUCCUCGUGCCUUCUACGUACAGAUGCUUCUACAGGAACUACUACUACUUUUAUGGCACGAUGAAUGACAUCAUCGUCGACCUAUCCAGCGUCUGGUUCAUAUUUUCCAUGAUGGCGGUUGGCAUGGCGGUUGGUGUGGUCAUAUCAGUGGGCAGUCUUUUCGUUAUACAGCUGAAGGUGAUUCUUAAGAAUGAAACAGGAAUUGAAACCUGGAUCCGAGAGAAGGCAAAUUACAGAAAGAGAGAGAAGGGAGAGGGUGAUUUCAUAUACCCGUACAACCUGGGUCGGUGGAACAACCUACUGAUGACCCUGAACAUAGGCAACUGGGGUAAGAUGGACGGCGUGUGGUGGCCUGUCAGAGAGGACUGCCACCAAUACACUUUGACGGUGGAGCAAAUCCAGCAGAAGUGUGAGAAGAGAACGAGGAGUGUGCUGUUUGUCGUGCAUCGCAAGUACUCCGGCUCCUAUCUGCCCGUCACUUUUGGUUGCCGUACCUGCUACUGCCAGCCCUGCUUUGAUGAACCGAGGUUAAAGGUCAAAGAGGGAGAGAGAGUUCUUGUCACGCGUCUUAGAAGAAACUGGUUGUAUGGCGAGAAGUUGUUCUUAUCUGAGGUCAGCCACGUGCAAAAGAAAGAGAAGAGACAGAGGGGCUGGUUUCCGAGGCAGUGUGCCAGCAGGAGCAGUGAGAAGUUCGAUCUCCCGGCCAAUCCACAUCAUCCACAGCAGCUUGAAACCCAUCUCCAUGGUGAUGGUGAUGACGCCGCUAAUGGGGUUGACGUUGACAUUGAGAGGUUGAACGUUGUGGCCGAUGAAAAGUUCCUCAACAAAAAAGUAUUAUAGUGGUUAUUCUCUACUCUCUUACACACACACACACCUCUCUAGUGUACGUACGGUAAUUACUCUAGCGACAAUAAUCAUUAACGUGAAUAUUAAUAAAAAUAUUACUGUUCAUAAUGUUACUACUACUACCGCUACCUCUGCUGCUGCAGCUACUACUACUAAUUCUGCUACUAUUACUAUUACUAAUCUACUACUACUACUACUACUACUGAUGCUACUACUAUAACUAUUACUACUAAUCUACUACUACUACUACUACUACUACUACUACUACUACUACUAUUACCUAAAAAUAAUUAUUAUUUAUAACAGCUAUAAUGAUAAUAAUUAU